AAGCAACACCUGUGAACCUCUCGUCAAUCGUAAGGCAAAAGAAAAACCCAUCAUCCUCGUUCACUCUCCUCUACAUAUGGCCGUCUCCCUUCCUCCUUGACUCGCCGUUUACCUGCCGACUUACCGUUUUCAUUCAUCUUUCUCAGCCUCGUCACUGUUGGUUCAUCCUCUAUCAUCCCUGCUUCAGAUCUCGCAGGUUAACUACGAAGCCACAUUCUUACAAAGGCAUUAUGUACUGGAUCCUGACAUUGAAGCACAAGUGAGGAAAACUGGUGAAACCAACUUACAUUAUUGAUAACCUGUGAAGUUUCAGAGCUUACUUAGGUACACCUGCAUUUAAGAAGAACCUUUAAAUAAAUACUCAAAAAGGUGGGAAGGGUGAAGAGUCAUCAACACACAACUCAUAAUGGUUGUUCUAUCUGAACUUCCAGAAGCAUCUUCAUCAACUCAUGGCCAUAGUCCAUCAACUUCUGGUCCUAGUUCAUCAACUGAUGGUUAUAGAUAUGAUGUAUUUUUAAGUUUUAGAGGUGUUGACACCCGUCAUAGUUUCACUGAUCACCUUCAUAAGGCCCUCAUUGAUGCCAAUAUCACUGCCUUCUUGGAUGAUGAAGAGAUUGAAACAGGGGAAGAUCUGAAACCAGAAUUAGAGAGUGCAAUUAAGGCAUCUCGGGCUUCUGUUAUUGUGUUGUCUAAAAAUUAUGCUUCUUCAACAUGGUGUCUGGAUGAAUUGGUGUUGAUCCUUGAGCAGCGUAUGACAUACAACCAUAUUAUCAUCCCCAUCUUUUAUCAUGUGGAGCCCACCCAUGUCAGGAAGCAACAAAGUAGCUUUGGAGAUGCAAUGGCCGAGCAUAAGCAGAAGAUGGAGAGGGAGACAAAUGCAAAUAAGAGGAGUCAAUGGGCUCAAAAGAUGGAUAGGUGGAAUAAAGCGCUUACAGAAGUUGCUGAUUUAAAAGGGAAGGACGUUACUGGCAGGCUAGAGACGGAGUUUAUUGAAGAAAUUGUGAAGGACAUCCAUCGUAGAUUACAUGCACCGUUAAGAAAUGCUCAACAACUAUUUAUUGGGAUGGACUAUCAUAUUAACUUUGUGACUUCAUGGUUGAAAGAUGGAUCCUCACAUACGGUGGACAUACUCACUAUUUCGGGUAUAGGAGGAAUCGGGAAGACAUCUUUAGCCAAACAUGUCUAUGGGCUAUAUUCUCAUGAAUUCCACAAAAGCAGCUAUAUUGAAGAUAUCUCUAGGAGAUGUGAUGGAAAGUAUAAUGGGCUGCUUGAUAUACAAAAGCAACUGUGCGGUGACAUUGCAAAAACAAGUUCAAUUCAAGUUUAUGAUGUUUCAAAAUACACAUCAAUGAUAGAGAAUGCAAUAGCUCGUAAAAAGGUGUUUCUUGUUCUUGAUGAUAUCAACACUCUUCAUCAGUUGGAUGCAUUACUUGGAAGCAAAGGUUUUCAUCCUGGAAGCAAGGUUAUAAUAACGGCAAAGGACAGAUGCUUGACAGAGAGUUGUGCACUAUUCAAAACAAACAUUAAACCCAAACAUACAAAACACUUACUUCAUGGCUUAAAUGAGACUGAAUCACGACAACUUUUGUGUUCCCAUGCAUUUAUGUGCAACCAUCCCAAGGAAGGUUAUGAAGAGGUGUCUGGUAAGCUUUUGGAGUAUUGUCAAGGACAUCCAUUGGCUCUUGAAGUUUUGGGCAAGCUUCUUCAUAAUCGAGGUGUGGUGUAUUGGGAAGGGUGCAUGAAAGGGCUAAAGAAAGAAACAAAUGAUCGUAUAAAUAAUGUCUUGAGAAUGAGCUUCGACUCUUUGCCUUCCAAAAACGAUAAGGAAUUGUUUAAGCAUAUUGCUUGUUUUUUUGUUGGAAUAGAUAGAGAUCUUAGCGAAACAAUAUUGGAGGCAUGUGAUAUAAACACAGGAUCCGGAAUUACGAAUCUCAUUGAUAAAUGUCUUCUUAGUAUUGGACGGAAUAAUGAAUUGAAGAUGCAUCAGUUGGUUCAAGAGAUGGGAAGAUUCGAAGUAGAUCAAGAAUCACCUGAUAAGCCAUGGAAGCGGAGUCGAUUAUGGUGUCAUAAGGAGUCAUUCAGAGUCUUGAAACGAAAAAAGGGUAAGGGAAAUCUUCUUGGCCUUGCCCUUGACAUGCGCAUGCUUGAGAAAGAGAAGUUGGGAGCAUCGUAUGAGUUGAAAACAGAUGCAUUAACAAUCCACAACGACUUGAGAAGAGGCAAAAGUUGGAUGGCUCAUGCUUAA